AUGGGGGGCACCGCCUACAACCAUCAGGCAACGAAGACUACUUUCCUCAAGCUUUACAACCGUAAAUCUUCCGAUAUCCUAGGGUGCGGCAACGGGAUUAACCCUUGGGGGCCUGCCAUGGAGAUUGCAUACAUCAAGGCACUCCAAGCAGGUGCAGGCACCAUCCACCAGUUCCUCGAUGACGUCCGCCACAUUGAGAACCCCCUACACGACACCUACCAUGCAAAUGAGGUUGCCGCUUACCACACGUUACGCAACUUCCAAGGGGAGCUAAUGCCACGUCUCCUCGAGGACAUAGACCUACAUCUGACCCCUCCCAGCUCCCCAGACGACGAGCUGUUCUACGUCAAAGGUAUCAUCCAUGUCCACAAGCACGGCACUGCCAGCAUGCCCCGCCGGUCGCCCGCAAGCGGCCAUAAUCGUGACAUUAUGGUUGACUUUGGCCAAUGCCGAUUUAAGGCCGAGGACGAGUCCGAACAGGAUUUUGGAAAAGCCAACGCGGCCCAGGACGAGGAAGGCAAUGUUGGCGUAAUCAUGCGGUAUGAAUUGAAGCGGCAUGCUUUCCAGCUGCACUAUAUGCCCUCGGGAAGGUGUGACAAGUGGAAGGACGACGAUGAUGGUUAG